AAGUUGCGCCUUUAUAUUGAAAAGAUCCUGACCCGGAAGUACUCCCUCAGUGUUGCCUAAAAGAAAAGAAAAAUAAGAAAAAAAGAUAGUUCGAAAUGUGGCGUGGAGAGAUGACUGAGAACGUAGCCUAUAAACGUGCCUCAUCUGAGGGUGACGAGAAAGUUGACUGGAAAAAAAUUAAAGCUGAACGUAAGGAGUCGAAGAAGCGUAUUAAGGAGUCAAAGCUCAUCCAACAGCUCGAGAAGCAGCAGCAGCAGCAGCAGCAAGAGGAGGAAGCCGAUAAGGCCAAGGGGACAGACUUGCAGCAAACCAAAGGGCGACAAUACACUGUGACUGUAGCCCUGCCUGGGUCUGUCAUGGACAAUGCCCAGUCAACAGAACUCCGUACGUACCUGGCUGGACAGAUUGCUAGAGCCUGCGGUGUCUUCUGUAUUGAUGAGAUUGUCGUGUUUGACGAGCAUGGAGAGGAUGUCAGGAGUGUGGAAGGAGAAUUCACAGGUGUUAAGAAGAAGGGCCAAGCCUGCAUUCAGCUUGCUAGAAUCCUUCAGUUCUUGGAAUGUCCACAGUAUCUACGUAAAUGUUUUUUCCCAAAACAUCAGGAUCUACAGUAUGCUGGCUUGCUCAACCCUCUGGACAGCCCACACCAUAUGAGGAUAGAUGAGGAGUCAGAGUACCGGGAAGGGGUGGUCCUCGACAGGCCCAGCAGACCAGGAAAGGGCUCCUUUGUCAACUGUGGAAUGUGGAAGGAAGUGCAGAUCGACAAGCAGCUGCAGCCCGGUCUACGAGUAACUGUCCACCUGAACAAGAACCAGAAUAAUGAGAGCCGUAUAUACAAAGGUGUGGUAGUGGCCCCUCAUGUACCACGCUCACAAGGAGGGCUGUACUGGGGAUACAGUGUUCGACUAGCAUCGGGUCUCAGUACUGUUUUCACUGAGUGUCCAUACAAAGAGGGCUAUGACCUGACCAUUGGCACAUCAGAGAAAGGAUGCAACAUUGACCAGGCUUCUAUCAAACCCUUCAAGCACUUACUGGUGGUAUUUGGAGGGCUGCAGGGCCUGGAGGCAAGUGUGGACGCAGACCAGAACCUGGACGUGACAGACCCCAGCCUGUUGUUUGACCUCUACCUGAACACCUGUCCUUCACAGGGCAGUAGGACCAUACGCACAGAGGAAGCCAUCUUAAUCUCUAUGGCCGGACUGAGACAGAAAAUCAGCAUUGCAUUCGCAAUCAGUUCAUAACAGGAAGGUGACAACUGAAUUCCUCGACAAGAUGAACCUAGUCACAGUUCCUCUAAGGGAGUCAUGACCGGCAACUGACCCCAGGGGCAAUGGCUAAUAUUGUGUUCUGGAAUUUACUAUCAUUUAGCCUGAACAUUACCAGAAUAC